AAUAAAAAAUUGCAGACACCAAAAUAUCAGCUAUGUCUGAUAAGUGAGAGCUGAAAAUGGAGGCCCAGAAAAAUGCGUUGAGCUUGAAGCGGAAGAAGUGCGAGCAAUCCAACGCUAAAAUCACCUCAAACUCAUCUUCUUCUGCUGCUUCAGCUGGAUCUCGUUUGAGAUUUCUACUCUCUUCAAACUCCUCUUCUGAUGCUUCAUUGCCUUCCUCUUCUUCGAGGGCUCGUGUGGAGAGAAAGCCCUCAUCUUUGCCCAAAUUGGGAGGCAAUUUCUCUGCGAAAUCGUUCAGAUCUAAAGAGAAUGUGCUUCCCAGAAAGCCCUUUUCCGAGGCGCCCAAGAAGAAGAAGAAGCAGUUGUGUGUUGACGGGAGGGGAUUUGGCAAAAUUAAGACGAAUCCAAUGUCUAAAACAGCUCAAAUGUCAAAUCUUUAUUGCAGUAGGGGGAAUCAAGUGAAGGGUUGUGAAGAAUUGGUGGGGAAGAAGUUGAGGAGUGAGCCACCAUUUUUAACUUCAACUCCCCCACGUGUUCGACGAAAUGCCGCAUUUGAAAAAUUGGAUUCGGGAACAGCUGAAUGUGGCAAUGGCAGCGCUACUACGCCUCCGGUGGAAGUCUCAGUGUCUCCUCAAAUCCAAUUGAAGAUGUUUGUUUCGAAAUCUUCUGCAACUCCGGUUUGCUACGGUGCAGGCCACCUUCUAUCUGGAGUGACUGAUAAAAGGAAGUGCAGGCGAAGAGGGAGCUUGCGAGGAGGCUGUGAGAAGGCUAAUCUCUUUGAUGAUGAGAAUGUGGUUGAUGAUUUGCAGGAUUCUUCGAUUCCCUUGCCUAGCGAGGCUUCGGUGCGCUGGCUGUUGUCUCCCUGCAAAGAGGGGGCCGAGGAUCAGGGGCGUGAUUCGGAGAAUAAGUUGGAUGAUCGUCGAAUAAGCUGUGGUAAUGAUUCUCUUGCAUUUGAUUUAUUGUCUUCUCCUUCCACAUUAUGUGAAUUAGAAUGUGAAGACAGUGACUUCAGAGGCAGUGAUAGAGUGGAUUAUGCAGAAAAUCGGAGGAAAGCUGAGAUUUUUAAGCUUUCUCGUCGAAAAACAGGCAGUAACAAUUUUGAUCCUUUGUUAGCCGCUACUCCAAAUUCAGUUUCUAACGAGAAUGGUUUCGGUUUAGGAGAGAGGAAUAGUUCAGCAGUAUCUAUAGGUUCUUUGGGUAGUGGAAAUUUGAUUCAGACACCGGACUCUGAGUGUAGCUCGUAUGAGUCGUUUCGAAGGUGGAAUAUGGAGCUGGAUUCAAUGACAGAAACUCUAGAUGCAGUGAGUUUAUCUAGAUGUGAGAGAUUCGCGUAUGCAGGGAUGGAUUCAUCUUCUCGUUCUGCUGUUCCCAAGAAAAAUGUGCGUUCAUGGGAGUCGAGCUCGACAUUAGACAACUUAGCACUCUCCCAGAUGAGGAUAUCAUGGAGAGAUGAAGAGAUUGAUGCUUAUGAUCAGCAGCUGAAGCCACACCGACUGUCUCGUUCAGGAAGGGAAGAGAGAAAUAAACGUAAAGAGAAAGAUCCGUGGAUGGAUAAUGAUGUGUCACCCGUUCUUCUCGAGUACGAACCUUGCAUUUCUGCAGCAACUAGCGGAAAAGCAACCGGAGACAGACACGGUGCAUGUGCUGAGUCGAUAUGCACCAACGCGGGUGACUUGGCUGUCUCUUGUGAUUCGGAUUGGGCAAAUAUCCAGAGUCGGGUCGAGUUGUGACAAGUGCAAGACAUGAGCCAAAGGCGAUUUGACAUCGUCUCUACUAAAUUCAACAUGUUCUUCAAGGUAGUGAUCUGCAGCUAGACGUGAUGCUGAUGAACGAAACCUCAGGAGACAGUCCUCGAUGAUCGGUGACACUGACUUGCUACUAGAUCUUUAUAAGUCAGUUCAGCGCACCGCGUAGUUCUAUCUUCGUUUACAUUUCCACUUGAAAGAUGGAACUGCAACUUUAAGGUAUCAUCAACGUCUUUAUAUUACCAUCGUUUAACUUAAUCCCUUCGGUUGAACUGGAAAUCGAACGUAUAUGAGCAAUUAUGUAGCAAUAGUUGUUGCUAUUUGAGCUAUGUACUCGUUGAGGAGUGCCCAUUAGAUUUAUAUAGUGGUUUUAGUUAUCUAUUUAUACCAGUGAGAUAUUGUUAUAGUACUAUUUAUUUUUCUUUCAUUUUGCCGGCAGCGAGUGUAUAUUAUGCUUGAACUUUUUGGAACAAUUGCACUUGUCCCAGUUCAUUUAUUCAUUGAGAUGCAAAUGAUCUUCAAAUACAUUUGUUGACUCUUCA